GAAAAGCUAAAGUGGAUGCUGCAUUUCAGGAUGAACCUCUGACUCUUGAAAACGCCCAAUUUUCUACAUCCAUCUCUUUGUGGCUACUGUCACAACGUUCGGCAUCCAGCUUACAGCGCUCACAAACUUCAAUCUUCCGUCUCUAAAACCCAGGGAGAAAGCAUCGCAUUCCCGCUCUUUUGCUGGCGGUGUCGUGACGUCACUAAGGAUGCCGCCUUGACGCUCUAGUCUAGCCCUAACCAGCCUCGCUCUAGCCCGCUCCCCGCCUCCUCUCCGCAAUGCAUGCUGGGAUUGCCUCCCGCCCGAUUGGUCUUCCAGUUUCCCGGCGUCCCCAGCGUGUAGCUGAAUGGGGGCAGUCACAAGAUGGCGGCGAACGCGAACUCUGCCGGUGGUGGAGGUGGCGGCGGCAGUCUCCCGCUCUUUGAUUGCCCGAGCUGGGCAGGAAAGCCUCCACCAGGGUUGCACCUGGAUGUAGUCAAAGGAGACAAACUUAUUGAGAAACUCAUCAUUGAUGAAAAGAAAUACUAUCUCUUUGGGAGAAACCCUGACUUAUGUGAUUUCACCAUUGAUCACCAGUCAUGCUCUCGGGUCCAUGCUGCCUUGGUCUAUCACAAACAUCUGAAGAGGGUUUUUCUAAUAGAUCUCAACAGCACACAUGGCACUUUUUUGGGACAUAUUCGCUUGGAGCCUCACAAGCCACAACAGAUUCCUAUUGACUCUACAGUUUCAUUUGGUGCCUCCACACGAGCUUACACCCUGAGAGAAAAACCUCAGACAUUGCCCUCUGCAGUAAAAGGAGAUGAGAAAAUGACCACUGAAGAUGAGGAGCUCAAGGGAUUGCUUGGCUUGCCAGAGGAAGAGACAGAGUUGGACAACCUGACAGAAUUUAACACAGCCCACAACAAGAGGAUUUCUACACUAACCAUAGAAGAAGGAAAUUUGGAUAUCCAGAGACCAAAAAGAAAACGGAAGAACUCAAGGGUUACAUUUAGUGAUGAUGAUGAGAUCAUCAAUCCAGAGGAUGUGGACCCUUCAGUUGGACGUUUCAGAAAUAUGGUACAGACUGCAGUCGUCCCAGUAAAGAAAAAACGAACGGACAGCACUGGGUCACUGAGCACAGAUGAGGCUGUGACAAGGCGCAUGCAGAACUUUCCCUAUAGCGGAGGAUUGUACGGUGGAUUGCCUCCCACUCACAAUGAGUCAGGCACGCAGUCCCAUAGCAUUCAUGGUACAGCUCUCAUUGGAGGCCUGCCAAUGCCCUACCCUAAUCUUGCCCCAGAUGUGGACUUGACUCCAGUUGCACCUUCUACGGUUACCAUGAAUCCAACUCCAAAUCCUGCUGUGUUUAAUCCUGAAGUUGUGAACGAGCCCAAGAAAAAGAAAUAUGCGAAAGAAGCUUGGCCAGGGAAGAAGCCCACCCCUUCCCUCUUGAUCUGAAGAGCAGAGCUUGGUCUCUGCUGUGGGUAGAUGGGAUCAACCAGUCAGAGCGGGGACAAAACUCUACAAGUGUUUUGGCAGCUUU